AUGAGUGGUGGAGAAGAGUACAGCCGACGUCGUAUAUUUGCUUCAUUACCUCAAACUAAACGGGGAUUUCCCACGGUUAUCACAUCUAGCCCAAAUGGUCAGAAAAUCAUCUAUUGCAAUGGAAACUCAGUUUUCAUUGUCGACGUCGAGAACAAUACAGAUGUGGACAUCUAUACUGAACAUUCAUUGAACACAACCGUAGCAAAAAUGAGCCCUUCUGGAUUCUACAUCGCUUCCGGCGAUACCGGAGGAAACGUUAGGAUUUGGGAUACAACGCAGAUUACGCACAUUUUGAAAGCAACCUAUCAGGUGUUUUCCGGUAGUGUACGAGAUAUCGCUUGGAGCGAUGAUAGUAAACGUCUUGCUGCUGUAGGAGAAGGACGAGAAAGAUUCGGUCAUGUGUUUUUGUUCGACACUGGCACCUCUAAUGGGAACUUAUCUGGGCAAUCUCGCCCAAUGAGCAGUAUCGACUUCCGCCCAGCGAGACCUUACCGACUUAUCAGCGGCUCCGAAGACAAUACCGUGGCGAUUUUCGAAGGUCCUCCAUUUAAGUUCAAAACGACCUUCCACGAACAUUCUCGCUUUGUUCACGUAACAAAAUACAGCCCCGAUGGUUCUCUUUUUGCCAGCGCCAGCGCUGACGGAAAGGUGGUGCUCUUUGAAGGCACAGAUGGUACAAAGGUCGGCGAACUUGUGGAUCCCUCAAUUAAGACCGAGGCAGCACACUCCGGAAGCGUAUUUGGAUUAGCAUGGUCGCCUAAUGGCAAGCAAAUCGCCACCGCGUCGGCCGACAAGACAGUAAAAAUUUGGGACGCGCAUGGGAAAGCUUUGGAAAGCACUAUAAACUUUGGUGAUGCUAUUGAAGACCAACAAGUGGGUAUCACCUGGAGUCCUAAAGCUCUCGUUUCCGUGUCGCUGUCUGGUUUUCUGAACUUCAUCGAUCCAGCUGGUAAGAUCAUCAAGGUCAAUCAUGGCCAUAACAAGGGCAUCACUGCUCUAGCUCUCAGUGCAUGUAAGCAGUGGUUGUUCACUUCUGAUUUUGAGGGCCAUAUCACUAAAUGGAAUGUCAAGAAUGGUGAGUCGAAGAGAGUUUCUCCGGCACUUCACAAGUCGCAGAUCGUUGGCCUAUCAUUCGUAAAGGACCAACUAAUCAGUUGUGCAUGGGAUGACACUGUUCGCUUCACGCAUGGCAUUCUUGAUUCAGAUUCACCACGUUCAUCAUCCGUAAAACUGCCCUCACAGCCUCUUAACGUUGUAACUUCUCAAGAAGGCGGCCUUACCGUUGUUGCUUGUGCUAAAAACAUCAUUGUCUUUAAAGAAGAAACAUUGUCAACGGAUCUCAGCGUAUCUUUCAAUCCCUCCUGCGUUGCAAUUUUGAAAAACAUGGUCGCUGUUGGUGGUCAGGAUUCGAAAGUACACAUAUUCUCAUUGUCUGGCACCAAACUAAGCGAAGAGAAAACACUGCCACAUACAUCACCGAUCACAGCUGUCGCUUUUUCGCCUAACGGUGAUUACCUGGUUGCUACUGAUAGUGGGCGAAAGGUCGUGCCGUAUUCGGUAAAAGAUGGUUUUAAAAAUAUUGCCGACAAGGAAUGGACUUUCCACACAGCUAAAGUAAACUGCGUUGCGUGGAGCCCAAACAAUCGUCAUUUGGCAACGGGUGGUCUGGACACCAAUGUUAUUGUAUGGGAUUUGCAGCGUAGCGGGGAACACCCAGUAAUUAUUCGAGGAGCUCAUGCUAUGUCGCCUGUCAAUGGUCUCGUGUUUCUCAACGACAGUGAACUGCUGAGCGUAGGCCAAGACGCGAACAUUAAGCACUGGAACGUGAAUCUGGUAUAA